CUAGUAAUCUAUUUAGAGUUAUCUGUGUCUCCAUAAUAUUUUUGAGGGCGAUUUAGUGAUUGUCUGUUUUCGCCAAGACUAGUCACCUCUCUCACAAAAGCCGCGUUUGCAACUACGGUGUCAACACCCGUCUCCUCUUUGACAGCUCCCUAUUAUUCUACAUAUUUGCCUACAAGUCGCCUUCGUACAAUUCCAGCUCCAAUAUCCUCAUUCCUUUGUUCUCUUGACCCCAACCCAUCGCAAUCCUGAAUUAAACGUCUUGAUGGCUGCCCCGCCGGCAGAUCGGGCAAAAAAUAAGGCGACCUGGGAUCUACCGCAAUGGCGAGAGAUGAUUGAGCUGGUCGACUGUCCAGAGGUCUACGACGUCAAGUUUUAUCCGUAUGGGAAGCCGACGGAUGACCCUAUCUUCGCUGCGGUCGGAGGAAAGAAGCUAAUAGUGUGCCGUCCAACUCAUGCGAAGGACAAAAGAGUAGAAACCAUCCAAGCCGUGGUUGACGAGGAGCUCAAUGCAGACAACUGUAGCAUAGCUUGGGCGCAGGCAGAGGAUGGCCGCCCGUUGCUGUGCUAUGCAGGGUCGACGGCUCUCAUCAAAAUCAUCGAUGUUUUGACUGGCGAGCUGCUUCAGGUGCUCCCAGGUCAUGGAGGGGGAAUAUUUGAUUUGGCGGUCCCGAGGACAAACCCUCACAUCUUGGCGUCAUGUUCAGAAGAUUCGACCGUGAGGUUAUGGAGCCUUCGAAAGGCUCACAAGGAGUCACCUUGUAUCGCCGUCUUUGCUGGAGAGGGGCAUUUAGAUGCUGUGCUAUCCAUCGACUUUCACGCAAAUGGGCACUAUAUCCUCUCUGCGGGCCAGGAUCAUGUUGUCAACAUGUGGACGGUGCCAAAGCUUCCGGAUGAAAGUACAAUAAUUGAGAAGGCGGAAGCAAUACACUAUCCUCAUUUUUCAACCUCGGAAGUACACUCGAAUUCGGUUGACUGCGUGCGGUUCUAUGAUGAUUUGAUUCUAUCAAGAGGGCAUGAAGAAGGCUACAUUGUCCUGUGGCAAAUUACACGCUUCUCGUCCGCAGCAGAGGUCCCUCCUGCUUCAGCAGCGCCGACUACAUACGACCAAAGUGCCAGAACUCGAUCCGCAUUCUUCAAAGUUCCCGAAGGCGAUAAAACAGCACAACGACAAUACCAACGCCUUCUCCAGUUUGCCAUACCACAGUGCAACCAAUGGUACAUGAGAUUCGGGAUGUACACCCCAUACUCCUCUCUCCGGCAUCCAGUCCUCGCAAUGUGCAAUUCAGCAUCCAAAGUCUUCUUUUGGGAUCUCUCCCGUCUGGUCGACUAUCAAAAAUUUAUUACAUCUCCAGAGACAGUUCUUAAGCCAAAUUGGCUCAGUUUGGCUUCUCAGACGAAGAAAUCCGGAAAAUCAGAUACGCACCGUUUGCUCAGCCAAACACCUAUUGAUGAAAGUGUUGCGACAAGCAGCGUUUCCUCCUUCAGCACGGAAACAUUUGCGGCCGCCAUUGAUAUCGAGGCGAACCGUGGCGCUUGGGAUGAAAAAUAUGCGACAGGAAAUCCCUGGAAGAGCCUGAAAGCGCACAAGAUCGAGGGCAUCCCAAGAGUGACAAGUGUUGGCAGAGCGGUUGCAUGGAGUGAGAAAGGGGAUUUCUGCGUCGUAGUUGGCUCUUCGGGUAUCAUUUCUGUGUUGGAGCGUUGGGCUAGGAACACGCCUGAUAUCAAGCCUGACAGAAGUACGGUAAAUCCAGGCAAUGCGAGUUGAGCUUCAUCUUCUGUGACAGAGAUGAAGGCGUGUUUUAUGAAUAUUAUGAAGCUACACGUAGCCUGGGCAUAGCUCGUUUUCAGUGGGAAACCCCCUUUAACAACACUAUGAGGAGCAUCGACAGGUAUUAGAACUGAGGAGGAUAUCGAUGGUCGCAUCAGCAU